CGGCAGCACAGUUCGUACCUGUGCGACUGCUAUCCGCCUGGAGGUGCUCGAACGAUUUGUGUGACCGGGUAGCGGCUGGGGAGGUUGCGCAAGAUCUUUGUCGUGCUGAGCAGGCGACUGGGGGAAAUGGUCCGAAGUUUUAAGUGCAGAUCUGACUUUCCAGAUGCCUCGGGAGCCGCAACGAAUGUGACAAGUAGCGUGCAAGGCGAACGUGAGGGCCUCCGCUGCCGUCAGGGACAAGGACAGGAGAUUAAGAAAGGAGGGAGGGAGACCAGGACGAGGGGCAGUAAGCUGAAAGCUGGGACGGGUGUUUCAAUGGAUGAACUCUGAAUACUUGCGCAAUGAGCGAGGAGGGGAACGAUGAGCCAUUUAACAGCAGACGGCGGUUUUAUAUAUCAGGCGAGAGCGAAUGCUAAGCAAUGCAAAGCAAUGCUCUCAAAUGGGGUUGUUAGUCCAUUU